AAGCAUCAACUCAAAUUACUGUAGAUUAUAGAACCUCUUUUAUAUAAUAGCCGUAAUAAGCUGCCGCAUGUCAUAAACGACAGCUAUCUGCCAAUCAAAGCUGUCAAAAUAUAAACAUAAUUAUUUGCAGCUACCAGGAACUUAUUAUUAGUUAUUAUAAAAGUAAUGGAUGAUUCGAAUCCAACAAAGCUUCCUUCUUACAACUGGAUAAAUGACGCAAAAAUUUACAACAAAAAUUACACUUUGAUUCCGUCAGAAUGGAUUACGGCAAACGCAGAUAUAGUUGUCAUCCUUUUCAUCUCCAAGAAUGUAGACAGGGAGGGAAUAGUCCAGAAGUUUUACAACAUCUACGAAAGUGUCAAACACGUGAAUGUGCCUCUAGAAGUAAUACAUGUGCCAUUAGACGAGAAUCAAUCACUUAUGAGGGAAAGCUUCGACCAGCAAGCGAACUGGUUCACACUUCUGCACGAUGAUCCCCUGGUACUCAUCCUGACUUAUUUAUAUGGAGUAUCAUAUAUUCCGUAUUUUGUUGUUAUAAAACCCGACGGGACAAUUGUUUCUAACACUGCUAAUCGCGAUUUGGAGCAGUAUGGUAAAAAUGCAGUCAUAGCUUGGCUAUCUCCGACGGCGUGUGUGAAACAUACUAGAAAACUGGCUGAUGAAGCGCCUAUGUACGGAUCUAAGUGGAGGUAUUUGAUUAAAGAGGAGGACGUAGAAAAGAAAGAAUAUCCGAGGAGGUUUACGUCCGUAGUGUCAAAGAAUAGUACACGGAUAGGAUUGAUGCCAGUGAGGCGCAGCGAGAUGAAAGAGAGUUCGGGGGCCCAGGCUGAGCCCGUCGAGCAACCUUCUUCUGUACCGUGA